AUGGGUAGAUUCUUACUCACUUCAAUUACGGCAAUUUUGCUUUCAUUUUGGAGUUUUUGUACGGGAAUUGGGUUAAAGUCUCCGAGUACAGGCUCUGGAAGCGGCGGAUCGUUGAUAACUGUAUUAGAUAAUAAUGGAAUGAUUGAGGUAGUUCACUCAGGAAAUACAAAAUAUGAAAUAGAAACUGGAUACAAUGGACCCAUAUUAAAUGGUGGUGAGUUGGUUGUGGGGAAUGAUUUACUUGUAGGAUUGGUUAGGCCUGUAAAUGGAAACUCAAAAGGUAGUUCGAAUAUAGAGCUACGAAUUUUAGAGGACAGAGGGUUUGAGUUGCAGGUGGGUCUGUUUUUGGGGUAUCCUUGUCUUUAUAAGAAUGGAGAUAGUGGAAUAAUGGGCCCAGGAAACAGUGAAAUGAAGAUUAAUAAUAUACUGACUUGUGUAAAGUUAUUUAAAGAACAUAAUAUUCACCAGGAUGAUAUCCGAUAUUUAUUUUGGAAGAUGAGAGAUUAUAAUUUACAAGAUCCUAAGAUAAAUCAAAUUAAUUCUAAUGACAUAUCUGUGGAUUCAAAUACUUAUUUGUCGAAUAUGUUUGGUGGAUUGCUUCAUGUUACAGCAUUAUUCAGGUAUUCAAAAAAGUAUAAGAAUUCAUCAUCAGCCAUUUUGGAAAAAAUUGGCAACUUUCUAAAAGGUAGUUUAAUAGCUGAGAUUAAGCCAGUCUAUAGUGACUCUAAUUUAAAAUUAGAGUUCAAUUUGAAUGUUGGGAUAAGUCUUACUCAGGAUAUAAACUCAUUGAAAGAGAAUAUGCCUUUUGCAAUUGCUUCAAUAACAAAAGACGGUAAAACACAUAUGGAGAAUAUUGUUUCUCCCUGCGAUGGAUCAAUUGUUUGGUUUAGUGAUCACUUCUUGCAGUUUGGAAAAUCGAAAAUAUUGAAUUUUGACUCAUCAAACUCGGGGUUUUAUGGGAGUAAGGACCAUAUAAAAGAGAUUAUGGUAAUUAUAAAAUGUAAUACAAACCCUUCUUAUAUUACUUCUGUAUCAGGUUUAAAAAGCUAUCCAAAAGACAUUUUAGUGACUGAUAGGUUUGGCCAAGUAAGUCAAUCGCUAAUAAAAGAGUUUAGGAGUAACAAGUUGAACUUGAUACAGGUUAACAGUGAGAGUGCGUCAAUAAGAUCCAGAAAGAGGUUAAUAUCCAAAAUCAAGGCAGCUAAAACCUUAGAUGAUUUCAGAAAUGUUCUUUUAGAUUCAAUGAGAAGUAAUGGCCAAGAUUUAAGUCUUUUACCAAAUAUAGUUUUACCAAAGUCUAAUAAGGGGGUUGCUGAGGAGAGAUCUUUAGAAAUGAUGGCUAGAGAGAAGGAAAACUUAAUGGAAAGGAUAAAUGACUCAAAACUUUUGUUAAGAAGCAUGAUGGCUCCUAAAGCAAAGAUGUCGAAUUACGAAAGAAGUGUGAGGAACGGAAGUUCACCAGGAAGUAGCUACAGGUACGAUAAAGAAAAGGGGAAUACAGAGGUUUAUUUUGAAAGUCCAAUUCCAGUUUCAAAGUGGGAGGGUUUAGCAUCUGCAGGAUGGAAUAAUAUGAAGAAUGAUGAGAAAAGGAUAAAGUUAAAGGCUGCCAAUUACUUAGGCAAGGAUAUUCAAAUUUUUGGUCCUAGGCCAUGGAAUAUGGAUUUUCUAAGUUUGGAUAUAAUUAGAAUGGUAUCUAUGUAUUCCUACGGAGAUAUUAGAUAUCUUCUUUCCAAAGAGUUUCUGUAUUUGUUUAGAAAAUAUGGUGAACUAGAUGAUUAUAACUCAUAUACUUCCUCUUUAAUGAGUUAUUCUGUGGAGAUGUUUGUUGUAGCAGGAAUGACAGUUAGUGGAGAAGAAGGAACAGAAACUCUUCUGGGAAGAGUAACUAUUCAUUUUGCGACUGAACUUAACUCAAGGAGCUCAUUCGUGGUAGACAUAUUCUCAAUGCAUACUGGGAUUGUCAGGGAUGUUAUCUCAACGUCAAAGGUGGCAUGUUCUUUAGAUCCCUUGGUUGUUAUUAGCCCAUUUGAUCAUGAGAUCCAGAAAGCCAAAAUUCAAUUAGAGAUUAAUUCUGACUCACUGGAUCAAACCCACGUGGUUUCCAAUAAAGCUCCAGGAGAGCAAGAUUUUCUAACUUAUCCACUUUCCCAGAACCCAAAGAUGUUGGAUCAAGGUCUUAUUCAAGCUCAAACGGAUGUUGAGUUGGAUAUGUUGAGCAGACACACUUAUUUGUUUCCUGUCCAAAAUUUAAUUAACAGGAAAUUUAAUUCGGGCCCUAUGCCAGAGUUAUUCAGUCUCACUGAGGAGGAUAUUAAUACUCUUGAUGCUGCGAGACAAGAUUUUCAUAAAGAGGCUGUUAAGUUAUUAGCUGCGAAGGAAAUUAUACUCCAAAGAUUACAAGAAUUGGAUAUUUCUUCACCUUCAGAUCCAAUUCCAAUUUUCAUUUCUUCCAUAUUAAAACGAGAAAAACUAAAGAGUUGGACUAAAGCAAAGUCCAAAAACAUUCGAGAUAGGAUGAUAGAGAUGAUAAACAUUACAAGAGAUUUGGAAGAAAAGAAAGUUCUAGAAAGCUUGAGAAUAUCUAAAAUGACUAAUAUUCCCAUUCUAAAGAAAAUUCCUAGGAGAAAAGCAGUUCGCAUAGCCAGUAAGCUUAAUCUGUUUGAGAAGUUCAAGUUAAAGAAAGCCUUUAAAAGUCAAAAGGAACUAAAGAAAAAGAGUAAAGAAAUUGCAAAGAAGGUUAAAUCUAAGAAAGGAAUCUUUUCCAGGAAAAUUAAAACUCAAACCCCACCCUCUGGAGCUGGUGCUACAUUAAUACCGUCUGAGCCUAUUUCUGUACCUAAAUCCAAAACCAAAUCCAAAUCCAAAUCCAGAUCCAAAUCGGAUUCUGGUUCUGUCUUUAAACCACCCAGUUCAGAAGAUUCUCAAAGGGGCAUGCUUUCGGAGUCAGGAUCUACUGAGGAUAUAGUUUAUCCAAGUUUCCCAAGUACAGCUCAAUUCUUUCUCCCUGAAGAAUUUGAGCUGGAAAGGAGCUCUUCCAUAGGAGCAAGAAGUUUUCAAACUAUUGGUGAUAGUCAAGAAGAAAGAUAUAAAUAUAUUAACGAAGAUAAAGACAGUAUUUAUAUAAGAUAUUCCUUGAUAGAAGAGAAUCAAAAGAUAAAGAAUUUGAAAUCAGAGUGUAAUAGUUACAAAGUUGAGUUAAAUUCAUUGCUUGACUUUAAUACUGGCGUAUUUACUGAUAUUCUUAACUCAAAUGUUAUGCAAGAUAUCAAAGAUUCAAUGUUAAAAAUAGUAAGAAAGACAAACCAGUAUCAAGAAUGUCUUAAAAAGUUAUCUGCAUCUAUUUUAGCAAUAAAGGGGCUUCAGAUUCAAAGUAGAGUUGUUAGACAGAAUUACUCAAAGAAAUUGGGUCAAAUGAAUAAAUCUAGAAAGAAAAUAAUUAAUAAGUACAAGAAAUGUGAGAAGGAACAAUCUCAAGCAAAGAAAAACUUUUACUCUCUUUUGAAAAAAGAAAUAUCCAAGCAUAAGAAUGGAUCUAGUAUGGAUUCUCAAACUUAUCAAAGUUUAUUCAAGACUUUAAAUGAAAAUUUCCAAAAGUAUUACGAUUUGGAGAAGAAGUGCCAAAAUGUAUUGGCAAACUUAAAGAAAGAGGAUUUGAAUAUUAAUGAGGUCAAAUCAAAGAGAUUUUUGAUGGGAAUUAAUGCUGAAUCUUUGAAAAGAAGGAACUUGGUAUUGAUGUCUGAUUCUUUUAUUCACUACAAAGUUUAUCUCGUAUAUUCAAUGUUAAUCUUAUCUUUGGAAGAGUUGAUAUUCUUAUCUCAUCAAACAUUAAUUAAGAGUAAAAUCCCUACUUUGGCUCUAGAAGUUGAACAAAAACAAGCUCUUGGAAAAGUUUCAGAAUAUUUUAAAGAGAAAAUGAAUAUUAAAAGAUUGAAUUUUGAAGAGAAAAAUGUUUAUUUAGAUUUGAUUCUAAUAGGAACAAACUGUAUUAACAUGUUAGAAGGAUUAUUGCUCAAAAUCACGUUACUAAUUGAAAUUAUUGGUAUAAAUUCUCAAAGUUUGGAUGUUGGAUUAAUGUCUAUGUCAGAAAUUUUGUCAUUUUUAAACGAAGGAGACAACAUUACAUUAGAAAGAGGAAAUAAUUCACAGCUAAAACAUGAGAUAAUGAAGAAGAUUCAAAUAAUUGCAAAGAAACAAACCAAAAUAUUAGAGAUAUCAUCUAAUUAUAUUCAAAUGACUAAUUCAAUAGCAAGUACUUUAAGUUUAAUGGAAUUUACGAAAGGCAUGUUCGAGCUCUCAUUGCAAUCAAUAGAUAAAAAUAUAAACAAAGAAAAAGGUAAUGAUGGUCAAAAAGAUAGUGAAAGUACAAGAAUGAUCUCUUACAAGGCUAGGAUAAAAAAAAUAAUGAGGACAGUCUUAUCAAAAGAAAAGUUACUAAAUAUAGCUGAUUCUCAUGUAACUGAACUUAAGAAGGGAUUUGAAGAUCAAAAGAAAAGAUUUGAUGAUAUGUUAAGUAAGAUGAAAGAAGAGAUUCCAGAAUUGAAAUUGGAUUCUUUUAUGACAGAUACAAGCGAUAUUCAGACUAGCGAUUUAAGUAGAGAAGAUACUGAUUCAGAUUAUUCUGGCUAUAUUAGUACUUCAACUGUUGAAGGAGAUGAGUUUGUUGAGUCCCAGGCGUUAAUUAUUAGCAAGAUUUCGAAUUCUUUAAACUGGUUAAAUAAGGAAGCAGGAAAAGGAACAGUUGUACAUGAUAAAAAUGAACGUAAUACAGAAGCUGCUAUAAUAAGUCUGAAAGCCAAAAUAGGCGAAAAAUUGAAAGAACUUGAGGUCAUUUCUAACUUUGAGAAGGAAGAUAUUGACCAAGAAAAGAUUAAUAAAUUAAGGGAAGAGAUAUCUUUACUUCUUACUGAUGCUAUAAAUUCAAAGAAAUACUUAACUAAAAAAAUGGAAGAUUCAUUAGAUAGUUUAAGGAGGAAUUUAUCUUUUUCAUGGCCAAGAAUCAGGCUUGGAAAAAAGCUUCUGGGGGCAACUAGAAGAAAAAAGAUGGAGGAAAAUAGGAUGAGGAGAAUCAAUAAAGAAAAAGCGGAUUUUAAAAGUUCUUAUAGAGCUGGUGUUGAUUAUAAAGUUUCAAGAGAUUCUGAAGAAGAAGAUAUUAAUGAGUUGAGUACAGUUGUAGGUAGUGUUGAUCCAAAUAAACAAAAAGAAGCUACUGUUAAAGAUGAGAGCGUGAAAAAGAAGAAAGGAAUAAAGAAAUCUAAAUCAAGUAAAAAGGGAGAGACAUCAGAGGAUGAAUUAUUGAAAAAGUUUGGACAAGUAGGGGAAGAUAUUAAGGAUAUGGACACUGAUUUAAGCAGUGUUGAUUUGAUUAAGGAAAAGGAAGGCGCAAUAAAAGAGAAGAGUGAGAAAAAGAAGAAAGGAAUAAAGAAGUCUAAAUCAAGUAAAAAGGGAGAGAAAUCAGAGGAUGAAUUAUUGAAAAAGUUUGAAGAAGAAGAUAUUAACGAGUUGAGUACAGUUGUAGGUAGUGUUGAUCUAAAUAAACAAAAAGAAGCUACUGUUAAAGAUGAGAGCGUGAAAAAGAAGAAAGGAAUAAAGAAAUCUAAAUCAAGUAAAAAGGGAGAGACAUCAGAGGAUGAGUUAUUGAAAAAGUUUGGGGAAGGAGGAGAUGAUAUUAAGGAUAUGGACACUGAUUUAAGUAGUGUUGAUUUGAUUAAGGAAAAGGAAACUGCUUUAAAGGAAGAUAGUAAUAAAAAUGAAAAAAGAACAAAAAAAUCCAAAUCCAGUAAAAAAGGAGGGACAUCAGAGGAUGAAUUGUUGAAAAAGUUUGGGCAAGAAGGAGAUGAUAUUAAGGAUAUGGAAACUGAUUUAAGUAGUGUUAAUUUGGAUAAGGAACAGGAGUCUGCAAUGAACGAAGAAAAACGCAAGGGGAAAGGAAAUAAAAAGUUAACUAGUAAGAGGAUACUUGAUAAGUUACGAUCUAGGAGCUUACUCUCAAGAAAAAAAGAAUUACCAUCAUCUAUUUCAUCUGAAGAGGGACCAGUAGACAAAAGUUCGGGUUCUAGGAAAAAUAAGAAAGGGGGGAAGUUAGGAAAGGAUGUGGGAGACAAAGAGCCAAAAUCGAGUACAAAAAGAAAGAGAGGAGGAAGGUUAAGAAAGAUUUUUGGAAGUAAUUCGACUUCUGGUGAAGGGAAGUCUUCUCAUAAGAAUUCAAUUGUUGGUGAGGGCGAAAUAAAUAAACCAGAAGAAAAGAUUUCAGGAUCUCCAGUACCAGUAGUAUCAGUUCCGGAAGUUCCUGGAUCUUCAGGGUUCUCAUUGCCACCACUACAACCAUUACCAGUGGAGUCUAAACCGGCCACUCCAGAGUGGUUACCACCACCAUCUGCAUCACAAUUAUCACCAGAACUUCCACCGUUCUCACCACCGUCACCUUCAUUACCAGGAAACUUAGAAUCACUAGCUCCAGCAGAAGUAGAGGAAGUGACACCACCGCCACCACCACGACCACCACUACCAGCAAACUUCGAAUCACUAGCUCCAACAGAAGUAGAGGAAGUGACACCACCACCACCGCCACGACCACCACUACCAGCAAACUUCGAAUCACUAGUUCUAACAGAAGUAGAGGAAGUGACACCACCACCACGACCACCACUACCAGCAUACUUAGAAUCACUAACUCCAAAAGUAGUGGGAGUGUCACCAGGAUCACCACCAACACCACCACCACGACAACCCCCACCAGUAGCUCAAAAGCCAGUAGCCCCAGCAAUUUCAAUGGUUCCAAAAGUCCCAGAGUGGCCUGCUGGACCAAAACCGCCAUCUUCAUCAGUGCCAUCACCAGUGCCAUCGUCGGUGCCAACGUCUGUACCAGCUCCGGCAACUCCAGUACCAUCACCAGUGCCAUCACCAGUACCAACACCAUUACCUACACAAGUACCAUCACCAGUACCAUCACCAGCACACACACCAGUGCCAUCGCCAGUGCCAACGUCUGUACCAGCUCCGGCAACUCCAGCACUAUCACCAGUGCCAUCACCAGCCCCAUCACCAGCCCCAUCACCAGUGCCAUCACCAGCCCCAUCACCAGUGCCAUCACCAGCACCAUCACCAGUGCCAUCACCAGCACCAUCACCAGUGCCAUCACCAGUGCCAUCACCAGUACCAUCACCAGUACCAACACCAGCACCAGCUCCAGCAACUCCUGUAAGCCCACUUGACUCUGAAAACGAGCUAUUGGCAAAGUUUGGACAAGAAGGAGACGAUAUUGAAGGUAUGGAGACGGACUCAAGUAGCGUUGAACUGAAUAAGGAAGAUAAAGAAGCUGUUUAUGAGAGGAAAAAAGGACUAGGUGAAAGAGGAAAAACAGGAUCAUCCGACUUAAAACCAGUUUUAUCACCACAGAAACCUGGAGGAGCUCCAGAAUCAUUAAGUGCUGAGGGAUAUAAUUUUGGAGAAAAUCAAGAAGCUAGUGUUGAAAGCGACGAAAUUACUGACGAAGAUGGCAAUUAUGAAACUGAAGAAGAGUUUUUGAAGCGUGAUAUUGGCCAAAGACAACAGAAAACUAAGGAAGAUGUAAUCUUGAAUGAGGAUAUAAAAAGAAGAAUCGAUGAGAUUAAUCUUCAAGCUCAAGAAAUGGAUGAGGCAGUUAGUGAUUAA